CAGGUGAUCUGCAAUGCUUUCACCAUCUGCAAUGCAGAGAUGCAGGAAGUUGGUGUUGGCCUGUACCCCAGUAUGUCCUUGCUAAACCACAGCUGUGAUCCCAACUGCUCCAUUGUGUUCAAUGGGCCCCACCUCCUACUACGUGCUGUCCGAGACAUUGAGGUGGGAGAGGAGCUCACUAUCUGCUAUCUGGAUAUGCUGAUGACUAGUGAGGAGCGCCGCAAGCAGCUGAGGGACCAGUACUGCUUUGACUGUGACUGUUUUCGGUGCCAAACUCAGGACAAGGAUGCUGAUAUGCUAACUGGUGAUGAGCAAGUAUGGAAAGGGGUGCAAGAAUCCCUGAAAAAAAUUGAAGAACUGAAGACAAACUGGAAGUGGGAGCAGGUUCUGGCCAUGUGCCAGUCUAUCAUAAGCAGCAACUCUGAACGGCUUCCUGAUAUCAACAUCUACCAGCUGAAGGUGCUUGACUGUGCCAUGGAUGCCUGCAUCAACCUUGGCCUCCUGGAGGAGGCGCUGUUCUAUGGCAUUCGGACCAUGGAGCCCUACCGGAUUUUUUUCCCAGGAAGCCAUCCCGUCAGAGGUGUGCAAGUAAUGAAAGUUGGUAAACUGCAACUACACCAAGGCAUGUUUCCCCAAGCAAUGAAGAAUCUGCGACUGGCUUUUGACAUUAUGCGAGUGACCCACGGCAGAGAACACAGCCUGAUUGAAGAUUUGAUUCUGCUCUUAGAAGAAUGUGACGCCAACAUAAGAGCAUCCUAAGAAAAGCCGGAUGGAGAUGGAGAUGGCCUAUGCCCUUAUCAGAUGCCUUCCUGCGGUCAUACACUACCAUGUCCGCUGUGUGAAUCUCCCCUUUUGACAGUGCUAUUCGGUGUUGAGUAGGUAAACGAAGGAAGACAUAGUUUGUCAACUCUAAGAAUCAGUUGUAGUGAAGCAUGAUUAUAAUAAAUGAAAAAGUUGAGGAUGC